AUGGGGAAGACGAAGAACAAACCGAGAAACAAUUUAAACAAUUUUAACACUGCCAUUAGCGAGACACACCCAACAACGAAUUCCAUUAAAGCUGAAUCACUUCUAGCAAGUUUUGAUUUACCCGCUGCAGAUUUUUUUGCACUAGUCACUCAAAAUGUAGAUCGUCACCGUCUCAGGGUAUUUGACACGCAUACGGGUACAGUUAACAAUGAGUUUUCUUCGGAUAAAGAAGAUAAAUUCACCUGCUUGUCUUGGGGAAAAGUAUAUGACGAGGAGUUGAAUGGCAAAGUUGAUACUCCUCCGCCAAAAAAGAAAAAGAAAUUAUCAUCACAAAUUCAACAAUUUAGCAAAGUUAUCGCUCUUGGACUACAGAAUGGAUCUAUUGCUAUUUACUCAAUUGCUCACGGAAGCAUUGUAAAAACAUUGAGUGGUUCGCAUAAGCUACCGAUUAACAACUUUGUUUUUUCUAAAAAUGGAAAAAAAGCUUAUUCGUGCGCCGAAGACGCGUACAUUGUUGAAUGGGAUUUUGAAAAAGGGGAUGUAAUUAGUAAAUGGAAGGUUGACACCCAAACGACUAAAUAUAUUAUUACACUUUCGCAUGAUGAGACCAAAUUGUUAUCCGCGGGACAUACCAUCAAAUUGUGGGAUUUACGAUCAAAGCAAGUUCUUAAGAGUUUCACAGGACACGUAAGCAUAAUAACCAAUAUUAUGUUCUCAGCAAGUGAUGAUUUCUGCGUAUCGACUGCAGAACACGAUAGGUUCAUAAAUAUUUGGCAAUGUCAUGGAAAUGAGCCACAAGGCGUUGGUUUUGCUGCACUUACUCUGGAUGAAGACACAAGAGGUCUUUCGAUAUCUAAAUUUAAUGCCAUUCUGGCAAUUUCUGAAACGGGUACUAUAAAUAUUUUCAGAGAUGUGAAUUCCCACUCUCCCAUGCAGUUAAAUAAAAAGAAAAAACGAUUUACAACACAAACGCCUGAUUGUAUAAUUAAGGUUCUAAAUGAAAAUAAUAACACAAUAAUACCAAUUAUUUCUGCAUGUUUCUUGAACGAAAAUGAAAAUGAGGAGAAGGAGUAUAUAAUGAUUGCCAGAGGGAAUACAGUAAAACCUAUUUUUGAAAAAGUGCGAUUUAUCGAUAAAGAAAGUGGAGAGUACUUACCAAAUGUAACAUUAAUACGCAAUCCAUCAACCGGUCCCUUAGUAGAUGAAUCAAAUUUGGCAGCAAAAACUUUGGCUGCUACACAAAACCCAUACAAUGAAUCAAAAGCCAAUGUGCUGAGUAGUUCAAAUUACGAAAUACCAAAACCUCCCACAGAAAUUGAUAAGCCUACUCAAUAUUUAUUGACACAAAAUUCAUCAACUCGGGAAGAAACAUUAGAAACAAAGUUGAAAGAUCUUGAUUUGAUGAGUGUGGAUUCUGAAAUGUCUCAAUCGUCUCACGCAUCGAAGUUGAAAACACUCCAAGGAAAUUCUAUGCAACAAAUGUUAGUUCAAGCAUUACACUCAAACGAUGACCAUCUUUUUGGUUUGGUUUUAGAACAAACAAGUCCAGAUAUUGUUAAUAACACCGUUAGAAAAUUGCCUACAAAGUAUAUCAUACCUUUCUUAGAAAAGGUACCUGAUCUAACUCAUAAACUCUCAAAUUUUUAUCAAGCGUUGGAUUCUCGUUCGGCUGUAUUCCAAAAAUUAUUGAAUUUUCAGGGACGUCUAGAUUUAAUAAUGCAACAGAUAGCGAUGCGGAAAGCUCAAAGAGCUGUAACAACAAAUGGAGUUGAAACCGUUUAUGUUGAAAGUAGUAGUGACGACAACAUUAGUGAAGAUGGUCUUGAUAUAAUGGAUCAUACAAACGAAUCAAUUAAUGAGGCGUCGGAUUCCGAUGAC